AUGGCGCUGGCCGCCGCCGCCGCCGCCGCCGCCGCCGGGGUGAGCCAGGCGGCGGUGCUGGGCUUCCUGCAGGAGCACGGCGGCCAGGUGCGCAACUCGGAUCUGCUGAGCCGCUUCAAGCCCCUGCUGGAUGCGGGCGACCCACACGGCCGCGCCGCCCGCAGGGACCGCUUCAAGCAGUUUGUCAACGACGUGGCGGUGGUGAAGGAGCUCGACGGCGUCAAGUUCGUGGUGCUGAAGAAGAAGCUGCGGCUCCGGGAGGCACCAGAGCCCCUGCCCUCGUGCGUCCCCGGCACGCCCGGGGCACCGGCGCUGCCGUCGAAGAUCGCCUCCGUCUCACCGGGAGAACCGGCCGGCCCGGGGGCUCCAUCCCUGGCCGCGGCGCUGCAGCCGGUGGAACCACGGGAGGACCCGACCCGGCCGUUGGAGCCACAGGACACGCCCGGGGCUCCGGCCUCUGAGCCCACUCAGCCGACCGGGGAGCUGUUGUCAGGUACGGCCCUGCAGUCAGGGGGGCCCUCCGACCCCCAGAUUCCAGCCUUUGAGCUAGCCCUGCCCCCCGAGCGACUCUCGGCAGGCGUGGCCCCGCCGUCCAGGUCACCGUCGGUGGAGGCCUUGCCCGAGGCAGGGGCGCCAGCCCCGGAACCUGGACGUGGGGCGACCAAAGAAGCGCCUCCACCCCCUCGGCACUCGCCGCCGCCGAAGCCCUGCAUGCUGCCCGUGCGCUGCGUCCCGGGCCCCGCCGCGCUCCGGCUCCGGGCCGAGGAGCAGGGCCUGCGCCGGCAGCUGUCGGAAGAGCCCAGCCCGCGGAGCUCCCCGCUGAUGCUGCGGCGGCUGUCGGUGGAAGAGUCUGGCCUGGGCCUCAGCCUGGGCCCGGGCCGCUCCCCGCACCUGAGGCGCCUGUCGCGCGCAGGCCCGCGCCUGCUGAGUCCGGACGCGGAGGAAGUGCCCGCCGCGCCGCCGCCGUCCGUCGUGCCCCUGGAGCCGACCGAGCACGAGUGGCUGGUGCGGGCGGCUGGGGGCUGUUGGACGCACCAGCUGCACGGGCUGCUGCUGCGCGACAGCGGCCUGGCGGCCAAGCGCGACUUCAUAUCUGGCUUCACGGCCCUGCACUGGGCCGCCAAGAGCGGCGACCGCGAGAUGGCGCUGCAGCUGGUGGAGGUCGCGCGGCGCGGGGGCGCGCCGGUGGACGUGAAUGCGCGCUCGCAUGGCGGCUACACGCCGCUGCACCUGGCGGCUCUGCACGGCCACGAGGACGCCGCCGUGCAGCUGGUGGUGCGCCUGGGCGCGCAGGUGCACGUGCGUGACCACAGCGGGCGGCGCGCCUACCAGUACCUGCCGCCCAGCGCCUCGUACGCGCUGCGCCGCCUCCUCGGCGACCCCUGCCUUCGAGGCUCCACGGAGGCCGACGCCACCGGUGCUGGUGGGGGCACUUUUGCGGCCCGGCGCCCAGUGCAGGUGGCCGCCACCAUCCUCAGUUCCACCACCAGCGCGUUCCUGGGUGUCCUGGCCGACGACCUGAUGCUCCAGGACUUGGCUCGAGGCAUGAGGAAGUCGGGCUCCUUUAGCAAGUUCCUGGGUGCCUCGCCCAUGGCUCCACGUAAAAAGACUAAGACCCGCAGUGGCCUGCCGGCUUUUUCAGAGAUCUCUCGUCGACCUACUCCGGGGUCCUUGGCUGGUCUGGCGCCCAGCCUGCCCCCUACAACCUGA